AUGACCGGGACGUGGCGGCCGAACGAGCCCGAGGACCGAUUCUACAUGUCGACGAGCGAGAAUAAGAAUUGGACGCGGAUCAAGGCAACGAACAAGGAGUGGCUGCCCUCGACCACAAACGAUGGUGCGCAGGCCACUAUCGAGUAUCGCCUCCUACGUAACGGGUUGAUGAAGAUACAACGGGCAGAUCUCGGAACCUCCAAGGCGAGAUCGGAAGGCGAGGUGCUCGUGGAACAGCGCAGCAUGUGGGAGCUGAACUACCUUGUCGUUGAGGUGCAGAGGCGCGUGUCCAGCCGGGGCUGCGGAUUCCUGAACGACACGGGGACAGGCGGCGUGACAGUGCUCAAGUGGGACGAAAUGUCUGUCAGUGCCGAGGUCGUCUUCGAUCGCAUGCCUGAAUUCCAGUACUGGGUCAACGCGAUGCUGUCUUCGUCAGGGACAACACCACAACAGGGCGUCAGCGCCUUUGUGAGGGGUGCCAUGGCGGCGUGGGCAUCUCAGGCUGGUGACACGGAUCUACUCGCCCAUCUAAAGCGGUCAGCCCGGCCAUUCGGGCAAGAGGAGAGGAUUGGUACCGUGCGUAUCGACGAACUCGACCGUGAUAAUUUGGAGUAUCCCUUCUUCGUCGGUUCCCGCCGGGGGACGGGCUUGUACAAGGUUGCCGCCAUCGUCUUCCUCGUGAUCGGUGUCGCAGCCGUUGCCACCUGUGGUGUCAGGGUCUGGGUCGGCCCUCCCAAGGUGACGUCCUGGAUGGGACAGCAUUUCUAUCUCUCACAAUCCGGGAUAAUUCAGGCUGGCCAAGAGGUCGAGAAGUUGGCCACGGGAUAUGAGGUGGCACCUAACAACGUGGGCUCCCUACACGUGGGUGGUAGCCAACAGCCAUUGUUGUCAGGUAUAGUUGAGUUACGCCCAGAGAAGUAG